UUUUGUUUUUUCCCCCCAGGAAAAAGAAAAAAAGAAAAAAGUUUAGUAAACUUGGAAUGGCGAGUGAAGAAAUUAAACAUACUCGAGGCCUUCAUGCUUCUCAACAAGCUUCUCUUCCAGACCACCCUCAGAUGAUCAUGGAAGCCAUAGAAGCUUUGAACGAGGAGGGGUCGAGCAUGACGUCAAUCUCGAAACACAUCGAGUCGACUCACUCGGAUCUCCCGGAGAAUCACUCCAGUCUUCUUUCCCACCACCUGAACUUGAUGAAACAGAGCGGCGAAAUCGUAAUGUCGAACAACAAUUACAUGAAACCCAACCCCAAAGCCCCACCCAAGCGUGGACGUGGACGUCCCCCGAAACCCAAGGUCCCUGUAACGCCCGGGAAAGUAGUGUCGCCACCAAGGCCACGUGGUCGUCCACCGAAGCCCAAGGAUUUAUCAGCUCCUCCUAAGUCCAAAACUACCGUCAGCACUGGUAGGCCACGUGGACGUCCACCUAAGAAGCCUAAGACUGGCGUCUCGACCGUAACUGCUGUUCCACCACCUCCAGGCGUUAAGCGAGGCCGCGGUCGACCGCCGAAAGUGCAACCGUCGGUGGGUAUUCAGUAAAGUUGAGUGGUAUCG